UGGGAUCAUGACCUGAGCCGAAGGCAGACCUUAACGACUGAGCCCCCCAGGCGCCCCGAGAUUGUGUGUUUCUGACAAGCUCCCUUGUGAUGCUGAUGCACUGUUUCUUGAGUAUCAGGGACAGAAAUUGGAAGUAAAAAGGCUGAGUAAUAGAAUACAUUUUUAACCUCAGGGUCUUAUUUUGAAACUGUUUUUGUGUUAUUUAUAUUUCAGGCAUAUUAAUCUGAGAAGUGUACCCUUGAUUAUAAAUUGUGUGGCUCUGGUACUCACUUUUUUUUGAAGUUUUCAUUUAUUUAUUUGAGAGAGAGAACAAGCAGGGAGGGAGAAACAGACUCCCCGCCGAGCAGGGAGCCCGACAUGGGACUCGAUCCCAGGCCCCCGGGAUCAUGGCCUGAGCCGAAGGCAGACUAGGAACAGAAUGUUACAUUGUAGGUUUCUGAGGGCUGAGGGUUCUUCAGCUCUUCGCUAAGUGUGUGUGCUGAGUGUAUGCUAGCUGUCUAAGGUUCUGUGCCCUUCACAUCUCAUUUACUCCUCACCGUGGCCCUACAAGGCUCUCCAUCACCCUGUUUUUAGCCGAAGAAGGCGACCCAUGUCCUUGGUGAGGGUCUCAGAGCUCGGGUUGUGAGUCCAAAUCUGACUGCAAAGCCGCCUUUAUAGUGAGUGCCUCCCGUUUCCGUGUGAGCUUGUCCUAACUUCAUAGCUGCCCCUCACGAGAACCAGCUGUGGGGUCACUGUUCACCUGCUGCAGAGGAACCACUGGGAAUAAAAUUGCUCCUUCCUGGGUCUUUCCCCCAAGAGAAAGUCAGGUUGGGGCCCGGAGGCUGUGUCUUUCACUCCUGUCCAAGGUGGUUCAGGGGCGGCGUGCAGGAUGGCUGGUUGCCCCCCACCUCGGCCUCUUGGCUGUGCUGGGGUUCGUUUGGGGCCGUGAUACACCUGUUGAAAAGGGUAGGCCUGAUGAUGGCUUCCAUCUUUAGGAACAGCGCUUAAAGUUUUUGAAACAGCAAGAUCAGCGUCAGCAGCAACAAGCUGCUGAGCAGGAGAAGCUCAAGAGGCUGAAGGAGAUGGCUGAGAACCAAGAGGCUAAGCUAAAGAAGGUGCGCGCCCUGAAGGGCCACGUGGAGCAGAAGAGGCUGAGCAACGGCCGACUUGUGGAGGAGAUUGAGCAAAUGAAUAGUUUGUUCCAGCAAAAGCAGAGGGAGCUCGUUCUGGCCGUGUCCAAAGUGGAGGGGCUGACCAGACAGCUGGAGAUGCUCAAGAACGGCAGGAUGGACGGCCGGCACGACAGUCGUUCCGCCGCGGCCGAGCUCGACCGGCUCUACAAGGAGCUGCAGUUACGGAACACGUUGAAUCAGGAGCAGAAUGCCAAGUUGCAGCAGCAGCGCGAGUGUCUGAACCAGCGCAAUUCAGAGGUGGCGGCCAUGGACAAGCGAGUUAAUGAGCUGCGGGACCGGCUGUGGAAGAAGAAGGCGGCGCUGCAGCACAAGGAGAGCCUCCCGGUUUCAUCUGAUGGGAACCUGCCCCCGCAAGGGCUGCCGGCGCCCAGUCGCGUGGCCGCGGUGGGCCCCUACAUCCAGUCGUCCACGAUGCCCCGCGUCCCUUCGAGGCCCGAACUUGUGGUGAAGCCCGCUCUGCCGGAUGGCUCCUUGGCCACGCAGGCUCUGGAAGGGCCGCUCAAAGUACACACACUGCCCAACAUGCGAUCUGGGGCCACCUCCCAGACUAAAGGCUCUAAAAUCCAUCCACUCGGCCCCAACUGGAGCCCCCCAAGUGCAGACAUUUCUGCGAGCCAAGCCUCUGUGCCUGUGAGCUCGGGGGUUGCCCCGGACCAAGCUGAUGAUGGAGAGGUUCCUCUGAGGGAGAAGGAGAAGAAAGUGCGCCCCUUUUCGAUGUUUGACACGGUGGACCAGUCUGCCGCCCCGUCCCCCUUUGGGGCUCUGAGGAAAAACCAGAGCAGUGAGGACAUCUUGCGGGAUGCGCAGGCCGCAAAUAAAAAUGUGGCUAAAGUACCACCUCCUGUUCCAUCAAAACCAAAACAGAUUAAUUUGCCUUAUUUUGGGCAAACAAAUCAGUCAGCAUCAGACAUGAAGCUGGAUGGAAACCCUCAGCAGUUGUCAGCAGCUCUUGCGUCCGUGGGAAACAAACCAAAAACGGGGCAGCAGCAGAGGGUCGUGGUGGCCCCCGGUGCACCCUCGGCUGGCCAGGGCCAGGCCUUGUCUCCAGCUGGGAAGCAAGAGAGCCCCCCUGCCGCCGCCGUCCGGCCCUUCACUCCUCAGCCUUCCAAAGACGCCCCUCUCCCGCCCUUCCGAAAACCCCAGACCGUGGCAGCAAGCUCCAUAUACUCCAUGUACACACAGCAUCAGGCUCCUGGAAAAAACUUGCAGCAGGCCGUGCAGAGUGCGCUGACCAAGACGCAUUCCAGAGGGCCGCACUUCUCAACCGUAUACGGCAAGCCCGUGAUUGCGGCCGCCCAGAGCCAGCAGCAGCACCCGGAGAACGUGUAUUCCAGCGGCCAGAGCAAGCCCAGCAGUCCCGAGCCCGACGUGGAGCCCGUGUCCUCAGGCCAGGAGAGCCACGAGAACGAACGAAUUCCUCGGCCACUCAGCCCGACCAAACUGCUGCCCUUCUUGUCCAACCCCUACCGAAACCAGAGCGACGCCGACCUGGAAGCCUUGCGGAAGAAACUGUCCAACGCGCCACGGCCGCUCAAGAAACGGAGCUCGAUCACGGAGCCAGAGGGUCCGAAUGGGCCAAAUAUCCAGAAACUUCUGUACCAGAGGACUACCAUCGCUGCCAUGGAGACCAUCUCCGUCCCUUCGUAUCCGUCCAAGCCGACGUCAGUGGCGGCCGACUCCGAAAGCCCCAUAGAAAUCCAGAAUCCGUAUUUACACGUGGAGCCAGAGAAGGAGGCGGUCUCUCUGGUUCCUGAGCCAGUGUCCCCAGAGGAUGUGGGGAGCCCCAGUUCCGAGAGCAGUGACACGCCAGCCCUCUCCCCCAGCCUCGAUUAUGUGCCCGAAGGAGUCCCAGACAGCAGCCCAGAUUUCCAGAACAGUGUGGAAGAACCAAGUGCAGAGGCUCCCCAUCUGCUGGAAGUGUACCUGGAGGAGUACCCCCCAUACCCGCCCCCGCCGUACCCAUCUGGGGAGCCAGAAGGGCCGGGAGAAGACUCGGGCAGCAUGCGUCCACCCGAAAUCACAGGGCAGGUGUCCCUGCCUCCUGGCAAAAGGACAAACUUGCGUAAAACUGGUUCGGAAAGGAUUGCCCAUGGGAUGAGGGUGAAGUUCAACCCCCUUGCUUUACUUCUAGAUUCGUCUUUGGAGGGAGAAUUUGACCUUGUACAGAGAAUUAUUUAUGAGGUUGACGACCCGAGCCUGCCCAAUGACGAGGGCAUCACGGCUCUGCACAACGCUGUGUGUGCGGGCCACACGGAAAUCGUUAAGUUUCUAGUGCAGUUUGGUGUGAACGUCAAUGCCGCAGACAGUGAUGGAUGGACCCCGCUGCACUGUGCGGCCUCCUGCAACAACGUGCAGGUGUGUAAGUUCCUGGUAGAGUCCGGAGCCGCCGUGUUCGCCGCGACCUACAGCGACCUGCAGACCGCCGCAGACAAGUGUGAGGAGAUGGAGGAGGGCUACAGCCAGUGCUCACAGUUCCUUUACGGGGUUCAGGAGAAAAUGGGCAUCAUGAACAAAGGAGUCCUUUAUGCGCUCUGGGAUUAUGAGCCUCAGAAUGGUGACGAGCUGCCCAUGCGAGAGGGGGAUUGCAUGACUGUCAUCCGCCGGGAGGACGAGGAGGAGACCGAGUGGUGGUGGGCGCGCCUGCACGACCAGGAGGGCUACGUGCCGCGCAACCUGCUGGGGCUCUACCCAAGAAUUAAACCAAGGCAAAGGAGCUUGGCCUGAAACUUUACAGAAUUUUAGUGUCUGAAUAAUUAAUCUUUGUUAUCACUAAGAAGAAGUAAUGUGAUUGUUUUUGGCAAAAAUUUCACAAGACUGACUUUAAUGACAACGUAACUUGAAAGCAGUACAGAAUGUCCUCUGGAAGAAAAUGAAGGAUUGGGGAAUUUGCUAUCCGUGGGGGACAUUCAGCGUGAUGGACUGGAACUUAGAAGUCAGCUGAUCACACUGUUGGGGAACAGUGUUUACGGAGCACUUGGGAAGAUGAAAAGUGACCGUCCUGGUUUUCUCCAGAAAUAGGGCCAUUCAUUGGGCUCCUGGGAAGUUGGCUUCAUGUCCUGCUUGGUUGGUGUUUGUCCGCACCUCCCCUGCCCCAGCCAGAAAGGCCCAGUGCCACCGAGGCAGCACCUCUGCCUGUCCCCCCCUUAGGUCCCAGGGGACCCAGGGGACUCGGGUGCCCCGCGCACGCAUGUUGUUGGUGAAGAACUAACUGUUGGUCAGUUGUCGGCAAUCCCUUUAUGAUAGUUCUUCAGAAUUACACAUAUGUUUGAGAUAUUGGAACCAAGCUGUAGCACAGCUAAUUAGAUUUAGAACUUUGUUUUUAGGAGGAAUUUGAAUCUAUAUUUAUUGUCUUUUGUAUCUUGGAAAUUGGAGACUUGCUAUAUAGACUUACCCAUGAUAUUUGUCAAGAUCAUAGCUGACUUUAAAAACAAUUGUAAUAAAAUUAAACUUUUUGACUCCAAA